AUGGGCGAUAGCAAAAAGUUUUUGAUGUCGCCCCCGCCCGUUGACCCAGUUGCUGAAAAACUAGCCGAUAUUCUUUCUUCAAUGGAAAAAGCUUCGCAAGAGAACAUAAAGAAAUUGAAUUCUGUUGAGCAUGAAGAUUGUCUGAUGAUGACGGAAUUUACAUCCAACUCUUUGAUAAAUUACACUUCGCCAGUUUCCCCUGUCAAAGUUGCCCAGACAAAGCGGCUGAAAAAGUUGCGAGACUCGUCAGAUUCUGAAGAUUUAUUGAUUCUCAGGCAAGAAUUGCAAGCAGAACAACUCAAGUCUAAAAGUCUUCAAGAAGAGCUUCAAAAAUCGCUGAAAAGAGAGCAGCUUUUACGAUCCCAAUGCGAGGAUCUAUUUCAGGCGCUCGAACGAAAUAAAUUGCGCGAAGUCGGCAACUCGGCAAAGUUGAUGGACGUCAAACCGUUUUAA